AUGGCUAAGUUUAAGGAGCCAGGCCAGUCUGCACAAGGAGCCAAGCCAGUCUGUACAAGGAGUCAGGCCAGUCUGCACAUUGAGUCAGACCAGUCUACACUAGGAGCCAGGCCAGUCUGCUCAUUGAGCCAAGCCAGUCUGCACAAGGAGUCAGGUCAAUCUGCUCAAAGGGUCAGGCCAGUUUGCACAAGAAGUCAGGCCAGUCUGCACAUUAAGCUAGAUAAGUCUGCACAAGGAGCCAAGUCAGUCUGUACAAGGAGUCAGGCCAGUCUGCUCAAAGGGUCAGCCCGGUUUGCACAAGGAGACAGGCCAGUCUGUACAAGGAGUCAAGCCAGUUUGCAUAAGGAGUCAGGCCAGUCAUCACAAGGCGCCAGGCCAGUCUGCACAAAGGGUCAGGUCAGUCUGCACAUUAAGUCGGGUAAGUCUGCACCAGGAGUCAGGCCAGUCUGCUCAAAGGGUCAGGCCAGUUUGCACAAGAAGUCAGACCAGAGUCAGGCUAGUCUGCUUAAAGGGUCAGGUCAGUCUGCACAAGUAGCCAGGCCAGUCUGCACAUUCAGUCAGGCCAGUCAUCACAAGGGGCCAGGCCAGUCUGCAAAAGGAGCCAGGCCAGUCUGCACAAGAAGCCAGUCUGUACAAGGAGUCAGGCCAGUUUGCACAAGGAGUCAGGCCGGUCAUCACAAGGCACCAGGCCAGUCUGCACAAAGGGUCAGGCCAGUUUGCACAUUGAGUCAGGACAGUCAUCACAAGGCACCAGGCCAGUCUGCACAAGAAGCCAGGCCAGUUUGCACAAGGAGCCAGGCCAGUCUGCACAAGAAGCCAGGCCAGUCUGCUCAAAGGGCAAAAUCAGUCUGCACAAAACGUCAGGCCAGUCUGUACAAGGAGCCAGGCCAGUCUGCACAAGGAGCCAGGCAAGUCUGCACAAGGAGUCAGGCCAGUCCGUACAAGGAGUCGGGCCAGUCUGCACAAUUAGCAAGGCCAGUCUGUACAAGGAGCCAGGCCAGUCUGCACAAGGAGCCAGGCGAGUCUGUACAAGGAGCCAGGCGAGUCUGUACAAGGAGCCAGACCAGUCCGUACAAGGAGUCAGGCCAGUCCGUACAAGGAGUCAGGCCAGUCUGCACAAGGAGCCAGGCCAGUCUGUACAAAGAGCCAGGCCAGUCCGUACAAGGAGUCAGGCCAGUCUGCACAAGGAGCCAGGCCAGUCAGUACAAGGAGCCAGGCCAGUCUGUAGUACAGACUGGCCUGGCUCCUUGUACAGACUGUACAAGGAGCCAGGCCAGUCAGCACAAGGAGCCAGGCCAAAAAGUUGACCCUUCAGUUAAAAUCCUGAGGGUCAAAUCAGGCCUUUUGGAAAUUUCAAGGGUCAAUGGACACCCUGAGGUGUCAGGCCAGUCUGCACAAGAAGCCAAGUCAAUCUGCACGAGCCAGGCUG